UGGCAGCCCAGAAUCCCGCAGGGAUCCCGGCCUUUUCCAUGGGCUAAUCAGGCCCGUGCCAGCCUCCCCCGGGCCAAAAUUAUGCACCAUUUGGCAGCCCACGAAGUCGAGGAAUGCGGCCCGCUUCCCUGUAUUUUACUCGGGGAACAAAUCCACGACCCUUUUGUCCGGGAGAGUUUCCCCGUGCACUCGCGAGCCGCCCGACUCCUUCCUCUCGCAACACCGCCGCCGCUCGCCCAGGCUCCACCGCGGCUUGCCCAGGCUCCGCCGCGGCUCGCCCAAGCUCCGCCGCCGGUCUCCAUCCGGGAGAGCUUCACGUCGAGUCGCAUCCACCCCAUCAUCCCUUCAACGACGCCCCGACAUCCCAUUUCCUCCUUCCGUCCGUUCUCCGCCGGCGACCUCCCUCCCUCCAUCCUUCCGUCCGUUCCGUCUCGGUCAGGCCUUCCUCUGUAUCACCAGUGAAGCAAAGGAUCGGAGGCUACUCCAUCCAGGGCAGCAAGUGCUCUUUGUGGAGGAAGUGUUGUAUGAUUUGAGAAGAAAAAUGUUUUGCUAGCUGUAGUGCCUAUGUGAGAAGCUCAUGGAAAGGAGUUUUUUUUUUCUCAAACACUACCCAUGAAAAAGAGUUAAACCAUAUAUUUUUUAAUUAUGUCUUAGAUAUCUAGAUGGUGACCAUCUGUGAUCUGGUGAAGAAUGGAUUGGCUGAGUUAAGUUUGCCACUUGGAACUAAUUUUAUAUGUAUUGGACUACGUCAAAUAAUUAGUAUUGUGAUUUUCCAUGCAUUAUGCUCA